AUGUCGACAGCAAGAGCAAAGCCCCUCGAGAAGUUCAUCACAGCCAGCUCAAAAUGCACACUUGAGNGUAUGUCACCUCUCAAACAACCCGGCCUACCAAUCCUCAUAUCAUCUCAGGGAACCGCAUACGGCAAAUGUAUUGUUGCCGAAUAUCAAAACGUUCGCAAGGACAUGUGUGCAAAGGAGUUUAUGCAGCUGAAGAACUGUUAUCUAGCAGCGGCAGGAAGGAAACGAUGA